CCGCACUUGCAUCUCCCAUUUGGCGUUUUAUUGCUUUCUUGUAGAGCGACGCUAAUCAUCUGGAGCCUUGCAACACCCCUGGCCAUCAUGCCGCACGGGCUCUCCCAUCUUAAGCGCCUCAUUCUGCUGCCCAUGGAGGAGAGGGACUGGCCCGGCUUCACUCCUCCUUCUGUUUCACCACAUCUCGUAACGUGUGAAGGCCAUUUGUCACCGCCACCAUGGCGAACAAUGCUGUGAUUAGCACCGCUGGUAUUCAGGCUGGCAUGGCCGACGACUUUACAUGGGGUCCCCAGCUCCCAGGAUACUUCGACUUCACCUUGGCCUUUGAACAGACUGUGCUCAGCAUCAUACCAACCGUGCCUUUUAUAAUCUGUACACCAUACUACUUGAUCAAGGCCCUGACACAGGAAAAAGUGGUCCAUCUGGCGGUUCUUGGCUGGAUCAAACUGUUUUUUGGCCUUGCCUUCUUGACUGUCUCUAUUGUGUUCACCACGCUGUGGGCGCGCACACCUGCCAUUGAUUCGCCAUUGGCUCUGGCCGCAAAUGUAUUGUCAUGCUUCCUUGCCGUCUGCACUCUCAUCGCUGUCUACGUUGAACACUGCUUUUCUCUUCGCCCAGCGCGGAGUCUUAGCGUGUACUUGUCACUGUCGCUCAUUCUUGACAUCUGUAAGACUCGGUCUUAUGUUCUCCGCGACUUGCGUUAUGUCGCAGGCUUCUCGGCGGCAAUCGGCUUCUGCAAGCUCAUUCUCGUUAUACUCGAGGAGAUCUCCAAGCGCAAUCUUUUGAUGGAGGCUCCCACAACGCCCAUUGGUCGAGAGACGACCGCCGGCUUUUGGAACUGGUCAUUGUUUAUUUGGCUCAACCAUACAUUCAUCCUUGGCUACCGAUCCAUCAUCGGUGUCGAUGACCUGGAUUUUCUGGACAAUGGACUGAAACCUCAUUUCCUCAGACCUCGAUUCGAAGCACACUGGGCAAAAGCCAAUAAAACUGCCAAGUAUGCCCUUCUAUGGACCUUUCUGCGCACAGUAGGCCCUGGCCAUCUCUUUGUUGGAGUUCUUGCUCGCUGGUUACAGGCUGCCUUCAUGUUUGUGCAGCCCUUCAUCAUCAGCCGCGUUGUUACGAUGGUGGUGCAACCAGACAUACCCAAGCCCUAUUCUGAUGGCAUCAUUUGGGCCACAGCGGUAUCAUACUUUUGCACUGCUAUCAGCCGUGCUGUCUUUAGACAAGCCAUGGCCAGAAACUCCACCAUGAUGCGAGCCUGCUAUUCGUCAGCCAUCUUCACCAAAAUGUUUCGCCUUCAGCAAUCGGAUUUAGAAAAGUCUUCGGCCGUGACCCUCCUCACUACCGACAUCACCGGCUGCCAGCGGCUCAUCUCCCAGCUCAACGAAUUUGUUGCCUGCAUUGCUUGUAUCACCGUCGGCAUCGUAUACCUCGUCUUCUACGUCGGCGCCGCAUCAUUCCUGGCAGUUAUCCCCAUCAUCGUUACAACCGUUGUAUCGUACUUCUGCGCUUUGCGCAUGAAAGAAGCCAAGAAAAGAUGGAAUGAAGCCGCUGAAAUUCGUGUUGGGGUCACAACAAACAUGCUCAAUUCAAUAAAGAGUGUUCGCAUAAGCGGAUUGACGCAAGUAUUUGAAACCUGCGUUACUAAGCUGAUGUUGGCCGAGAUUGAAGCUUCAAAGAAGAACAGAACGUAUCAAUCGUUUCUAUUUGGAGUCGAAAUGGCAGCCAACGCCAUCACUCCAAUCAUUGUCUUGGCUGGCGGCAUGUUUUGGACGAAGCGACAACAAGGCAUGUCAAAUAGCGAGAUUUAUGCGACACUCUCUGUCGCCCUCCUGAUUGCAGACCCUCUGACAACUGUCAUCCACUCCUUCUCGUUCCUAAGCACGCAAUUGGCUUGUACCGAAAGAAUCCAGCAAUAUCUUACGAACACGCAUAAUGAGGUGGUAGACAUUCGAGAGGAUCCGGCUACAGCUGGACCUAUUUCAACACAGCCAGCCAAGGGGAGCGGCCCGAUGGCUGCUUCAUCACCCGAAUCCUCUGGUAUAGCUCACAUCAUUGAGGUCGCCACAUCACCAGUAACGGGCGGAAGACAAAUUCUACAAGACUGUAAUGUUACCUUUCCAAAGGAUAAAACGACCAUGAUUGUUGGUCCUGUGGGAGGUGGUAAGUCCACGUUGCUUGGUCUUUUAACCGGAGAAACCCAGACGGUGCGCGGGCGUAUCAUUAUCAACACCAACGAAGUCUCACAUUGUAGUCAAACGCCGUGGCUUGAGAAUACAACCAUUCGCAACAACAUUCUUGGCAAUCGUCCCUUCAACCAGACGAAAUAUACACGGGUUAUCAAUGCUUGCUGUCUGGAGGAGGACAUUGCUGCAUGGCCGCUGCGUGAUGAGAUGGUUGCCGGUAGCGGUGGCUGUAAUCUGAGUGGUGGUCAGAAGCAACGCAUCUUGCUAGCUCGAUGUCUGUAUAGGUCCUCCAAGAUUCUUAUUCUGGACGACGUAUUCAGCGGCCUGGACAGAGAUACAGCCGCCGUUAUCACCUCGAAGCUUUUCGGCGAGGACGGGCUUUUAUCCGAAUCCAAUACAACAGUUAUUAUGGCUACUAAUCUGGUGGAACACUUGCAAUACGCUGACCAACUUGUCCAUGUUAAUGAAAAUGGGUUGAUUGCUAAAGUCGAUGACAUUGCCCAAUACGCAAAAAGCACCUAUCUGCAACAUACUUCGGAUCUUGCUAGCGAUGCUGAGCCAACUCCACAAAAGAAGACCGGAGAUUCCGCUGAUACAGUCACAGAAAAGGAGGAACAGGCUGACAAUCAAACAGUGGCUACCCCAUGUGGUAACCCCUCGGUAGAUGAAGAGAAGCAGAACGAACUAACCGAUGAGAAGCUGCUUCAACGUCAAAGAGGAAACCCUGAUGCUCACAGACAUUACUUGGAAUCCUUUGGGUGGAUUAUUCUAAGCAUCUGGUUCGCCGGGACCGCCCUCAGUGAGCUUUUGAUGAAGAUGCCCAAUAUCUACCUACGCAUCUGGUUGGAUCGAGAGCCUGGGAAUAGGUUAUUUUUUAUUGGCUAUGCAAUGUUUGGCUUUGCAGGCAUGGCGGCAUCUACACUCUCCGUCCUCUACUUCUUCCUGCGCAUGGUGCCUACGUCUUAUGCCAAACUACACUCCGACGUCUUGAAAACAACACUGCACUCAUCCACGUAUUUCUUAUCCACAACAGAUAAGGGCUCCCUCAUCAAUCGGUUCAGUCAAGACAUGGCCAUGAUCUGUCAAGAUCUUGCAUUCAGCUACCUCUAUAGCACAGAGCUGUUCUUUAUGGUUGUCGUUGAUAUUGGUAUCAUCCUCAGUGGCGCUUCCUAUGCCGCCUCUUUGUUACCGUUCUUUAUUACGUUUCUUGCCCUGGUUCAGAGAUAUUAUCUUCGUACCUCUCGUCAGAUGCGUCUGCUCCGUAUCGAAGCUGCUAGCCCCGUGCUGGGCCUUGUAAUGGACGUGGCGUCUGGAAUCCAGCGGAUACGAACCCAUGGUGAGAUUUCCAUCUUCCAGGCGCGGUUCGAAGACCAUCUUGAUUACGCACUUCGACCCUUUUAUCAAGCUUACACAAUCCAGCAAUGGCUAUAUAUGGCGCUGGAUAUGGGUGUUCUUUGUAUGGCCCUGUUAGUUGUUUCCUUGGCAGUCAAGGUGACAACGCAGACGUCGCCAAAUGGAAUUGGACUCGCCAUGGUCAACCUUGUUGCGUUGAGUCAGAAUAUUACAUAUCUGUUUACUUAUUCUUCAGAAACUGAGAUUGCACUAGGUGCAGUGUCUCGUGUCAAGGACUUUGAGGAGCAAACUCCCAAGGAAGCCGGGGCUGUCGCAGUGGAAGACCCAGGUGCUAGUCUACUCUGGCCAGAUGCGGGCAGCAUCGAAAUUCGAAGCAUGUCCGCCCGUCACAACCCUACAAGCCGUGUAUCAGCAAAGAUAUUGAACGGAGUUGAUCUGGACAUUCCAUCGGGUGCCAAGGUUGGUAUCGUUGGCCGCACAGGCAGCGGCAAGACUGCACUGAUGAUGUGUUUGACCAACAUGAUGGAACGUGAUGGUAACGUUUAUAUUGACGGUAUCGAGCUUCGAUCUGUUCCGAACGAGCUUUUGCGCUCCAAACUUACAUGCAUCCCCCAGGAUGCUGUUGAGAUUCCCGGAAGUAUUCGGUUCAAUCUCUACCCCUAUGAAGACCGAGGACAGGUCCAAGAUGCAACCAUGAUUGAAGUACUGGGGCGCCUUGAGAUGUGGGAAUAUAUCAAAGCGCGAGGUGGCCUGGAUGCGGACGCGAAAGUAAGUCCACUUUCUCCUGGUCAACGACAAAUUUUGUGCAUCGCUCGUGGUAUCAUGCACCACCUAAAGAAAAAGACGAAGAUUAUUCUUAUGGAUGAGGUGACGAGCAAGAUGGAUUAUGGAACCGACAAAAAAGUUCAAGAAGUUUUGCUUGAUUACUUCAAAGAUUGUACGACGCUUACAAUUGCCCAUCGUCAAGAAACCCUUCGGCAUGUGGAUAUCAUUGUGAGGAUGAGCAAGGGUAAAGCACACGCCUAUAUGACCGGCAAAGACCCUCGCCAAGAGGGCGAUGACGACGAUGAAAAGGCUAGUGCAUCCGCUGGAGAACCAUCCACUCGUCGACCAAGGCGUGCGAGGCGCAGUACCGCCAGCAAGCGAUCAUCUUCUAAGUCGUCAACCUCUAGCACCAGUUCGGCCUAGGUGGUUUCUGUUUCGUAUAUAUAGUAAAUAACAGAUCUUGUACAUAUAUAUUUGCCAAGAAAACUAAGAACAAAAAAGUUACAUUCAUGUCUGUAAUGUAUGUGAUCUUGUUGCCCGAGAUGCAUGGUGAUGAUUCUGUGCAUGUAUUGUGUUCUGCAAAUUUUGAUUAAGCGGAAGUGCCGUCCAAGUGGCACUUGUAGACGAAGAGAGUAAUUUACCUGUUUCCUGGCAUAGAUAUAUAACUACUACCAGCGUAAUUCAUCGUGGCCGUGUGUAGUGCUUGAAGACGACGAAGGCAAUACCAAGUCCGCCGAUACAUAAGAAGAAACCCAGCCACCCAUAGAAUACUGUUACCAGGCAAAUUCCUAUAAAGACGCAAGUUAAACCGCCAAUUAUAACGGAUUCCUCUGCCUUUUGGUCGGCUAACUGCUGUUUUUCGAUCUUGUCCUUUUCUUCUUGCGCAAGCUUUUGAUACUAGAAGAGCCGCUCGCCAAACUCGGUUCCAAAGAUCCCCUUGUACUUGUCGAGGUCCAUUGCUAAAAAUUCGUAUCCCAGCCCUGUCUGCCAUUUCGAGGCAAUGUCUUCUGCCUGCUCUAUCGACAACUCAUGUUUUCCAUGGAGGAUAUUAAUUAUGUAUGAUCGGAUGACGGAUGGUGAAUCAAGCUUCCCAGGUGGGCUGAACGGGGGAGGAGAUAUUAUAGAUUCGGAAGGAGUGGGUGUAUGGCCUUCCGACUCUUCUGUGAUUGAAUCCGAUUGUCCAAUCUUUUGAUAAGCCGGUGCCGCCAUUGUUCUUUGAGGGGUAGUUGGAGUUUGUUGGAGACGAGGCUCUGAACUCAAGGCAUGGACGGCUGAUAGCAGCUUGCUAAGCGCUGUAGCUGCACGUGAUUGGGGACUGGCUGUAGGACUAGCACCAAUUCCUUUACUUGUGUUUGCCAGAGCUGGCUCCUACCACUGGAACUUCUCACGUUGUUUGUAUUUCUGAGUAUAACCAUGCUAGUACAAGUUUCUCUGUCCAUUAAUUAUGCUUAACACCCGGGGUUGAUACGAGAUGACGCCUUACUUUGUUUCAAGGGUAUCGCGGAGCGUCAGCCUUGUAAGCCCCAACAAAGAGAAACUGCGCUAAACCCGAUUGGGAGAUGACGUCGUGACCCGAUUUGCCACCUGAGCAGAUACGUAGGCAGAGAGUGGGCUUCACAGGCUGGCGCUGUGCGGCUGCCCUGUAAAUUUGGUGCACAUGCCAAAGUUACAGCGGGCUCUUUCGCACCCAAACAGGCCACUAGCGGGGUGUCCUGCCUAGAUGGCGUCGAGGCCCUGCUGCGCCACCAAUACCUGCCUGGGCGCCCAGCGCUUCUUCAGGCGUGCCAAUACCAAGUGUGCCAGGUGCACCAGCUGCGCCAGCUGUGAGUCACGCGGGUCGGGUCCCUCGAACGCUCGACUGUUAGAACCCGGCGCCCGAAAACAUCCUCGGACAAAUCUGCUUCACACCACCACACACACGCAAUUAAGGCUGGAACGCAUGGGCAGAUGACUCCGCCCGUCUCCCGCCAAUCGCUGCGGUCUCGCCUUGUCGUAUCAAUCAUUGCCCCAGCGCGCGGCGGCCUCGGGUCGCCCCAACCGUUCGACUCAUAACGGCUGAGCGCCCGUAUUUGGCCACCACCCAGAAAUCCCAAUAUAAGCCCACUGCGCCCUACUGAGCCUCUUCUCCUAACUUCUAGAGGGCUCCUUCUCUUUCUGCCAUAAACCUUGUUGUUUUUACGCUUUUCAAAGCACCGAAACCGUUUAAUCUUUUUCUUCGCGUCGUCAACCUUGUCGUUUUUACGCCUUUCCAA